AUGUCGUCAACCACCCAAACAAUCACCGUCCCCCACCUCGGCGGCAUAACCGCCUCCUACCGCAUCUCCCCCUCCUUCUCCGCCACCACCAAACCCACUCUCGUCCUCGUAAACUCCUUCCUCACCACCUCAGCCCUCUUCGACUCCUUCUUCGCCAACGAUGCACUCACUUCGCGGAUGAAUCUGCUGGCGAUUGAGCUGCUGGGGCAUGGCGGGACGAGAGCGCAUGAGGCGGAGCACUGGACGUAUUGGGAUACUGCGGUGAUGAAUUUGCAGGUUAUGGAGGGAUUGGGGGUGAAGAGGGCAGUGGUGAUGGGGACGAGUCAGGGGGGUUGGGUUACGGUUAGGAUGGCGCUUUUGGGGGGGAAGAGGAUCCAAGGUAUAAUUCCCCUCGGAACAUCUCUCGACUUUGAAUCCGAACGCAGUCGCCAACUUGGCUGCUGGCAGGCUUUGGAUGCCCUCGCCAACCUCAUCACGGGCGACUUCGGCACAAAGAACAAUCAGCCCACGCCUGACUUCGUGCCUACUAAGGAAUUCGCCGAGUUUCUCAUAGCGCAGGGCUUUGGCCAGGAUUGCUCCGCGGAGACGAAGAAAUUCUGGACGCAGCAGCUUCAGAAGAAUUAUACGGGUGAUGAAGGUAGGAAGAGGAUUAGGAUGGCGGCGAUUAAUCUGAGGGAUAGAGAUGGAUUGCAUUUGAGGGCUGAGGAUGUCCUUUGUCCAGUCCUAUGGCUGCAUGGAACAAACGACGUGGUAUACACGGUUGCAAAUGCUCAAGAGGAAAUCAAGCUCUUCAAAAACUCGCCCGAUGCACGGCUCGAACUAAUUGAAGGCGGCGAGCACUUUUUGAAUUCCUCAAACCCAAAUGAGGUCAUGGAGCAUACAAUUGCUUUUAUGGAAAAGUAUGCCAAGUAG